AAACAACUAGACCGUUUUGUGUGUGUAGUUUACAAAAAGUUAUAUCUAUUAUUUAUUUAUUAGUUUAACAAAUUAUAAUGUUUAUCAAAAAGUUCAAGCGCUGCUUAAAAGGACUACGAAAAACUGGUGGCAUAUUAUUUAAUAUACACCGCAAACACAUAAGCGACAGAGUUUUAUACACGUGUAUUAUCUGUUUCAUACAGAUGUCAUAUAUGUGUACAGUAUUGUACAGGUUACAGCUGUUCGACAUUUGGGCCCUCAUUCGUAGACCUAAAACACAUAUUCAAAACAUCAAUGAACGAGAUAUCACUCGUCCCGACGCUAAUGAGCUUUGGAUAUAUGGCGGUCUAUUCAUACAGCACCUAAACAAACGGUGGACAAUGAUGUUGGCACUGGUGCUAAUGUCGGCGGCUGUCAUAACCAUCCCAUACUCGGCACACAUACCCCAACUGUACGCCUGUUUCUGGGCGUUUGGGUUCGGCUCCGGUGUAUACGUGAACGUGAAGUACGUUUGGCUGAUUGACAUGUGGCAGGAGUCGAGCGCACCUAUACUUCAUUUGGCGGGCUUUAUGUUUGGCAUCGGACACACGUUCGGCCCAUUCAUUGAGAAACCCUACCUCACGGGUGACCAGUUUGCAGGGCUCACC